AUGGAGACGUGCUGCGGCCAGGCAUUUGGUGCGGCGCAGUACAGCCUGCUGGGCCUGGUGCUGCAGUGCGCCCAGGCGCUUUGUCUACUGAUUGCCGCGCCCGCUGCAGCCGCCUGGGCCGCGGGCGCGAUGGGCCCGCUGCUCCUGUGGCUGGGACAGCCCCCCGAGACGGCGGCCGCGGCGGGGCGCCUGCUGCAGCUGACGUGGCCGGUGCUGCCGCUGCUGGCCAUCUCGGAAACAACCGGCCAGUACCUUCUUGCCCAAGGAGUGGCAGCACCCGCGUCGGUGACCGGCCUGCUGCAGCUGGCCGCGGCGGCGCCGGCGUUCUGGCUGCUGGUGCAGUGGCUGGGCUGGCUGAGGGGCGUUGCUGCGGCACAGGUGGCAUUGCAGCUGCUGGCGGCAACGUUUGUGACGUCAUGGCGCGUCAUCCGCGACCGAAGGGUGUCCAGGAGUGACCCUGACCGGGCCACCUGGCAUGGUUUCACCCUGGAGUCUCUAAAGGGUCUGCCCAGCUACACACGCUUUGCUGUGCCGGCCGCCUGCAUGGUGUGCCUGGAGUGGUGA